GAAUGCAAAUGUGCCCGCGGCCAUAGCUGAGGUUGCUCUGCGUGUCGUGUCGGGCAUGUAGUGACGCCCACGUCAGAGGACGUGCCCCCCCGGUAGGUUUUGUUUCGGCUGCAGGCUUUUGUUGCUUCGUCUUUUUUUAUUCGUUUCUGCUCAUCCUCACAAUCAUCAGCUCAACAACGAUCCCGAAAGCGAAACGAAUCCUCUCAAAAACUGAAAAAGUAUGAAGCAGACAGAAGAACCAUUCCAAUCCAUCAAAUUUCAAUCUCUCUCUCUCUCUCUCUCUCUCUCUCUCACUACCUGACAACAAUUAAACAGACAACGAGACAACAAUCGCCAUAAUCUCUGUUUCCCCUUUCUCCCGCCCUCCUUCCCUGUCCCGCGGUUCUUUCGAUCGAAAGCGUAGUGUCACAAUCCGUUAAUCGAACCUUUUCUUCGUCCCCGCCGGCGAGGUCUCUUCUGUUCUCCCAUUGAUUUUUCAUGCAGAGCUUGCUGCUGAUCAGCUCCCCGAGUGCGCGCUCUUUUGCUCCGUAAGGAUACAUCUGUGAUUGAAGGUCCUGCUCCGUCGUCACUGAGAUGGCGCUGUUCCGGAAGCUCUUCUACCGGAAACCGCCCGAUGGACUGCUUGAGAUCUGCGAGAAGGUCUACGUCUUCGAUUGCUGCUUUGCCACUGAUUCUUCGGACAAAGGGGACUACAAAGAUUACAUAAGAAGAAUAGUCGGUCAGUUUCGUGAGCAAUUCACCGAUGCUUCAAUUCUGGUGUUCAAUUUCCGGGGAGAUAAGCAAAGUGAACUGUCCAGCAUAUUAUCUGAGCUCGACAUGACCAUCAUGGACUACCCCCGGCAGUACGAGGGGUGCCCAUUACUCACAAUGGAGGUGGUUCACCAUUUCUUGAGAUCGUGCGAGAGCUGGCUUUCACUUGGGCAAAAUAAUUUGUUGCUGAUGCACUGUGAACGGGGUGGCUGGCCAGUUCUGGCUUUCAUGCUGGCCGCUCUUCUUCUUUAUAUGAAGCUGUAUAACGGGGAGCAGAGGACACUGGACAUGGUUUAUAAGCAGGCUCCUCGCGAGCUUUUGCAGUUUUUGUCUCCACUGAAUCCCAUCCCUUCUCAACUGAGAUAUCUACAGUACGUGUCAAGGAGGAACGUGGGCACAGAAUGGCCCCCCUUGGAUAGAGCACUUACUUUGGACUGCAUUAUUAUCAGAUUCAUUCCGAACUUUGAUAAGGAGGGAGGAUGCCGUCCGAUGUUUAGGAUAUACGGCCAGGAUCCAUUUCUUGUUGAUGACCGAACACCCAAGCGAUUGUUCUCAACUUCAAAAAGAAGUAAAAGCACACGAGCUUACAAGCAGGCAGAAUGUGAGCUAGUGAAAAUCGACAUCAAUUGUCAUAUUCAAGGUGAUGUUGUGGUUGAAGCCAUAAGUUUAUGUGAAGACAUGGUGCAAGAAGAGAUGAUGUUCCGAGUUAUGUUCAAUACGGCUUUCAUUAGGUCAAACAUUUUGAUGCUUAACCGGGAUGAAAUUGAUAUGAUGUGGGAUGCUAAAGAUCUGUUUCCAAAGGACUUCAGAGUAGAGCUUCUGUUUUCUGAGAUGGAUGCCGCUGCUUCAAUUGUGCCAACUGAUUUUUCGUGCUUUGAGGAUAAAGAAGGGCUUCCUGUAGAAGCUUUUGCAAAGGUUCAAGAAAUGUUCAAUCACGUGGACUGGUUAGAUCCAGUAACUGAUGCUGCAUUACACAUGCUUCAGAAGAUAAAUGCUUCAAACAUUGUCCCAGAAAAUAUACACAUGAGGUGUCGGCAUGGUCUGGAAGGUUGCUGCUCACCAAAAGGAAGCCCCAGAUAUGAGAAGAACAAGCCCAGAUCUAGAAGGCACAGCUCUUCUUCCUUUGAUGAGGAGGAUCUAUUAUCCCUUGCACAAAGAUCAUCACCACAUAGAGCCAUGGGUGGUCGUACUUCUGAGUCAACGCCAACAUUUACUAAUUCUAAGCAAGAUCCACUGGCAUUGGAGUUAGAAGAUCAGACUUCAUCACCAACUUCAACAGAGAAAAGUAUUUUGCAUGAUCAUGGCUCAUCCAAGAGUAAUCAAUCCACGCAUCCACCAAUUACCCCCCCUUCAGCAGUCCAUGAGCCAGGUCGAACCCUUUCAGCGAAGGCUGUAGCACCCAUAACUGCUAUAACUGCGCCAUCAACACCUCCACCUCCUCCUCCGCCACGGGCCAAUAUUGUUGAUUUCACUGCUAAAACUCCUUCAACAUCUCCCUUGCCACUUCCACCACUGCCAAGUGCCACUCCUGCUCCUUCAGUUCAAGAGGAGGUCAACCGUCAUUCCCAGUAUAGCAGCGUGAAUCCCUCAGCUGGUGAGCUACUGUUGUCAUGUCCUCCUCCUCCUCCUUCACCAGUAUCACCUACCCAUAUAGUUUCCUCUUCUACUCUAAAAGGACCUCCAACUCCAGCACAAGCAACACCACCUCAGCCACCUACUCCACCUCCACCACCAACACCACCUUUGCAGGAAAAACCUCCCAUUAAAACAAGCCCUCCUCCACCACCACCAUAUCCUCCUCUUCAUUCUGGGCAACCUGCAGGGCCACUUUCCCCUCCUGUCCCACCACAGGCACCUCCUGUUCCAAAAUUUUCUUGCGAAGCGAUUUCUUCAGCAUCUCCUCCUCCUCCUACUACUACUACUACAAAGAACUCCUCCAGUGUUCCUUCUGCACCACCUCCUCCUCCUCCUCCUACAAAGAGCUCCUCCAGUGUUCCUUCUGCACCUCCUCCUCCUCCUCCUCCUCCUCCUCCUCCUCCUACAAAGAGCUCCUCCAGUGUUCCUUCUGCACCUCCUCCUCCUCCUCCCCCUACAAAGAACUCCAACAGUGUUCCUUCUGCACCUCCUCCUCCUCCCCCUACAAAGAACUCCAACAGUGUUCCUUCUGCACCCCCGCCUCCAACUCACAACUCCCCUGGUCUUCCUUCAGCACCCCCACCUCCAGCUCUACCAGGCAAAGGUGGUCCAAAGACAGGUUCUCCUUCUCCACCUCCGCCAUUUAUCUCUCCAGGAAGUGCAAAGGGACGGGGCUUGUCACGUACUAUAAGUUCGAGAAGUGGCAGUGCCAAAAAGCUAAAGCCAUUACAUUGGUUGAAAUUAUCAAGAGCAGUACAGGGAAGCAUAUGGGCCGAGGCUCAAAAAACCGGUGAAGCUACGAAGGCUCCCGAGAUUGACAUGUCAGAGCUCGAAACUCUUUUCUCAGCCUCAGCUCCAGCUUCAGAUUCCAGUAGAAAGCCCGGUCAGCGUGGUUCAAAUGCACGCAAGCCAGAUAAAGUGCAACUGAUUGAUCACAGACGGGCAUACAAUUGUGAGAUUAUGCUCUCCAAGGUGAAAGUGCCACUGAACGAACUGAUGAGUUCAGUGCUUGCUUUGGAAGACUCUGCAUUGGAUAUUGAUCAGGUUGAGAACCUUAUUAAAUUUUGUCCAACAAAAGAAGAGAUGGAACUACUUAAGGGCUAUAACGGAGACAGAGAUAAGCUAGGAAGAUGUGAACAGUUCUUCUUAGAACUAAUGCAAGUCCCUCGAGUGGAAUCCAAGCUCAGAGUCUUUUCAUUUAAAAUGCAGUUCAGUAGCCAGGUUUCUGAUCUCAGGAAUAGCCUAAAUUUUGUCAACUCUGCUGCAGAAGAGAUUAGGGAUUCUAUCAAAUUUAAAAGGAUUAUGCAGACGAUACUUUCACUCGGAAAUGCAUUGAACCAGGGAACAGCAAGGGGCUCCGCUAUUGGAUUUAGAUUGGAUAGCCUACUUAAGCUCACUGAGACGCGAGCAAGAAAUAACAAGAUGACUCUCAUGCACUAUCUCUGUAAGGUUCUAGCUGAUAAACUACCAGAAGUCCUAGAUUUCUCGAAGGAUUUGGCCAAUUUGGAACCUGCAUCAAAGAUACAACUGAAAUUUUUGGCAGAGGAAAUGCAAGCCAUAAGCAAAGGACUGGAGAAGGUUGUGCAGGAACUGGCUCUUGCUGAAAAUGAUGGUCCUAUAUCAGAGAACUUUUGCAAGCUCUUGAAGGAGUUUCUUCAUCUUGCUGAAGCUGAGGUCAGGUCUUUAGCCUCACUUUACUCGGGAGUGGGGAGGAAUGUUGAUGGAUUGAUUCUUUACUUCGGAGAGGACCCAGCCCGCUGCCCUUUUGAACAAGUUGUCUCAACGCUCGUGAACUUCCAAAGGAUGUUCAAUAAAGCCCUCGAGGAAAAUUGCAAGCAGAUAGAACUCGAGAUGAAGAAAGCAACAGAAACCGACAAGUCGAAGAUGGGUGCUUCACAUAAGGAGGCUGAUCAUCUGGUACAGACACCAAUACAGAGCUAGGGAGUUGCCUCAGUGAAGAACGAUUCAGGAGCAGAGUGUACAUAAUUAGGUAGAGUUGUAGAGGGAGUUCACUGCUAACUGGUAGUUCUAGUUUUAUUGGAUCAUUUUGAUAUUGUUUUCUUCUCGUAGAGGACUAAAAAGGUUUGGCUGCACCUGCAACUCAGCUAGGUAUUAGCCAUCAGCAAUAAAGCAACCUCUGGGAAUGUCAAGAGGCAUUUGAUGUAAGUAGCUCCCGAUAAAUUAGUUUUGAAAUGGCAUGUUUUGAUCUUCGAUCUUCUCCGUCUGGUCUAAUAGGUCUUAUUUUACUUAAUCUGUACAUUGUGAUACAAUUUUUUUGCUAGCAGGAUCUUAUAGACUAUUGUAGCUAAGCAUUUUGGAGGAAUGCUGAAAUAUAAGUGGUUUGGUGAACUGUAUCAUCGCCCUUGACUGACAGAGAUAUCACAGUAAGUAAGAACAGGAGCUCGAAAAAGGCUGUUUUUAAUGCCAUUUGUAGUGGGGAUUGGUCGAUCUUGAUUCUUGACUUGGGAGAAUAUUAAAUAAAUUGACUUAAUUGUAUAUAUUUGAUAACUA